ACUUAAACUCUAUUAAUUCUUAUUAAUGUGUCUCAUAUCUUUUUCUAUACAUUCAAAAUCAUUCUAUCUUCUUUAUAAAGCCAUUUGGUCUCUACUCUCUACUAAUAUAAACUCCAUUUAUCUCUUCAACUCUUGCUAUUUUCUCAUGUGAUCUUCUUUUAUUAUUACUUAUAUAUAUAUAUACUUCUAGGCAUGAAGGAGAGAUCCAUGGAGAAGUUUGUUGUGUUUCCAUUCUCUUUAGGAUGUGUUUCUGAAUCAAGUGUUCCAGUGGUCAAUACCAACAGAAGCCACAACACAAACAAUUCUCAAUUAAAUCACCUUCCAACAAAAAGACAAGUAGGAGAUCAGAGUCCAUCAAAAGUGAAAAUAAAUGGAGUUUUGGUGAGACGACGAAUUUCUCAAGGAGUAGACACAUUCAAAAGGAAUUUCAGAGGUUUCUAUCAAUUAUUUGUGUACAAAGAUGAGAUUGAAGAAAUGGAGAUGGAAAUAGGAUAUCCAACAGAUGUGAAGCAUGUAACACAUAUAGGAUGGGAUGGAUCUACAAAAAUUAAUCCUAUGAUUAAAAACUGGGAUAAUUCAAAGGAAUCUGAUUUACUUUCAUUUCCUUCUAUUUCUAUUCAACAAUUUGAACUUGCUUUGGCUUCACAAGCUGGUGGAUCCUCUAGGUUUUAGUAGUUGCAACUAAUUUUUUAUGUAACUUUCUUUUUGUUUUUCGUUUGAUGUUGAUAAGUAACUUCUGUCAGAAAUUUUUAUAUUGGACGAUAAAAUGCUCACUAAUAAAUCGAUUUCAUAUUUAGAGCUCUCCAUUGUCAUUUUAUCUUUUGUUUUUGUUGUUGUUUUCAUGAGUGUAUGGAGAAAACAUUUGUAUUGUAUUGAUGUGUGGAAAUUAAAAAUGUAUAUAAUGUCAAAACUAGUAGGGAAGUUGUCACUUU